AUGAGAGCUUCCACCAUCGCCACCACCUUCUUCCUCCUCCACCUCCUCCUCCUAUACCCCACCGCCACCGUCCCUGCUCCGGCGAUAUCCACCAAAAAAACUCUUCAGGCUCAACCUCCGUCGUCUUCUACCACCUCCUCCACCCUUGACCCUGAGCAACUAAGAGCCCUACAAUUUCUCCACAUCCCAACCACCCACGAUCCCUGCACCACCACCACCUGCGACACCGCCACCACCACAUUCCGCCACCUCCUCUCACUCCGUCUUACAAACUGCUCCUCCGAUCUCCACCUUUCCACCACCGCCCUCUCCUCCCUAUCCACUCUCACCUCCAUUACUUUCCUCAACUGCCACACUCCAGUCGUCCACUUCCCCACCUCCCUCUCCAAUAACCUCCGAUAUUUCACCUCCGUCAACUCCCUCCAACGCCUCACUGGAGUUUUCCUCAGCCGACUCCAUAACCUCACCGAACUCUACAUCUCCGGCGACCCCAUCAAAGCCUCUGGCAUCCACAUCAUCACCUCCAACAUGAAAUCUUUAACCAAGAUCACCCUCUCCAACACACAUCUCACCGGAUAUCUCCCAAAAGAUUGGAAUCCAAAUCUAACCCACAUCGAUUUCUCCCAAAACAAACUCAAAGGAUCAAUACCCACAUCAUUAACUCGCCUGGAAAACCUUAAAGUCUUGAACUUUUCAUCAAAUAAUCUCAAUGGAAUCUUACCCGAUUCAUUUGGCAACUUGGUUUCUCUUAAAAAUCUAUCUUUAUCAUCGAACUCGUUAUCAGGUCCAAUACCCGGAUCCAUAUCCGCCAUUCCCGGGUUAGUCUAUAUGGAUCUGGGUUCGAAUCAAUUCAAUGGAGCAAUCCCGGAGUUCAUCUCAGAAAUGAAGGAAUUAAAGUAUCUGAACCUCGAAAACAACCAUUUCCAUGGAAUCCUGCCUUUUAAUGCAUCCUUUAUCAAGAGAUUGGAUGUGUUCAAGAUUAAUGGAAACGAUGAUCUGUGUUAUAAUCAUUCAACUAUUUCAGAGGACGUAAAGCUUGGGAUUGCUGCUUGUGAUAAACACGGAAUGCCGGUCUUGCCACCACCGGCGACCAAUGAACCGCCGUCAUCGGUGGAUGAUGCAGGCAGUGGCGGUGGUGAUGAUGAUGGUGAAGGCGGUGGUGGUGAUGAUAACGUAGAAAAGAAGAAUCAAGUGCAUGUUGAUAGGGGGCCGAGUAAGGUGGUUCUUGGUGUGGCAAUUGGACUUUCUGCAGCUGUUUUCCUCAUAAUUUUUUUGGUUUUGUUAUUCAAGUGUUAGAUUCACUUUUAGAUUUUGGGAUCACAUUUUAUGAUCCAAUUUUCGAAUUAUUAUAUAUAUACAUUUGUUG